UGUCCGCCUGGGUGUUCCCCUGGAGCCUCAGGGGGCUCUCCGCCCCGUCCUCACCCGCCCCCGGGUGUGCCUCCUUCCUCUUUCUCUCCCUCUCCCACUUACAGCCCGUCUCCUGUCCCGGGAGACGGAGGAGCGGGGUGAGCAGGCCAACUGCCACCGGAACUGGAGUCGUCCGGCGUGCGGCUUCCGCAGGGAAGGCUUGGGCAGCGGUCCCAGGUCCGGACUUCCGGGUUCGGUCCUCUGGUUCCGUGGGCCGCAGUCAUUAUGGAUGAACCAGAGAUGCAGCUCAAGGGAAAGAAAGUCACGGACAAGUUCACCGAGAGCGUCUAUGUCCUGGCCAACGAGCCAUCCGUGGCCCUGUACCGGCUGCAGGAGCACGUGCGCCGCUCCCUGCCCGAGCUGGCCCAACACAAGGCCGACAUGCAGCGGUGGGAGGAGCAGAGCCAGGGAGCCAUCUACACCGUGGAGUAUGCCUGCAGCGCCGUGAAGAACCUGGUGGACAGCAGCGUCUACUUCCGCAGCGUCGAGGGUCUGCUCAAACAGGCCAUCAGCAUCCGGGACCACAUGAAUGCCACCGCUCAGGGCCACAGCCCCGAGGAACCACCCCCGCCCUCCUCAGCCUGAUCCCAGAAGAGACUUGGGGCCCUCUCUGCCUCCCCCAACCCAGAAGAGGAAACCGAGGCUCAGAGAGGUGAGGCAGCCAGCCUGGGGUCACCACCCAUGCCCAGAAGCACCAGGAUCCCCACCCAGACCCUCCGACCCCCAAGCUUCACUCUGUCCUUGGCCCAGCCGGGCUUCUCCCUCGGCUACCACUUCAGCCCCUGGGUCCAUGCCUCAGACCACACCCUGACUCUGGCCCCCAGCCUGACCAAAGUGGGCCCUUGGACACAGCCUCGUGGGCCCCACACAGGCUGAAGAAAGAGCAAGCGUGACUAGCACCUUUCUUCUGCUCCUGCCUGGAGCUUCCACGCCCAGCUGCGAAUGUUCCCAGACACGGCUUUGCUGCUCCUGGACUCUUACCUAACCCCCAUCAGCCACGGACAUGGCCCCUUGAACCAAUAACUGCCACCUCCAUAAUCCUGAUCGUGCACCCACUGUAUGCCCAGCGCUGUGCUGGAGGCUGCGUGAGGAUAAUCUCAUUUCAUCCUCAGACAGCCCGGUAAGGCAGGUCUCACCCCCAAACACAGAUGGGAAAAGAGAGGCUCCCAGAGGGGACGUGACUUGCACCAGGUCUCACAGCAAGAGAAAAGGAGACCCUGACCUAGUUUGGCCCCAGCCCUGCCUCUGACGUGCUGUGUGAUGUGGGGCCUGGUGCUAGCCCUCUCUGGUUCUCCCUUUCUCCGUCUGGACUGGACCUUCUCUAUGGGAUGAGGUAGACACGCUCAGACCUGCCUGCCCAACCUGUGUUCCGCUUCAAGCAGCAACUUCCGCUCCAGACCCUGACCAUAUGGAGAGUCCACCCCUAGCUCCAGGGGUGGACAUGGGACCAUGACCUGGCCAGUCAGAGCCCUCCAUCUCCCAGAUCACAGUGAUUGAUUGGAGAUGGGCAUAUGACCCAAUGAGAGGGCUUCCCUGGGAAUUUUGCCGGAAGCAUGAAGAAGGAAGUGUCUUCUUGCCCAAGUGGUUGAGUGGAGUGGCUGGAAGGUGCGUCACCUGACAACAUUGCGUGCGGCCCUGGCCCCAGCUGUACCUGACACUAGCCAAUUUCAAUUCUUCAGUUUCAUGAGCCCCUGAAUUACCAUUUUUGUCAAAACUUGCUUUGAAUGUAUUUCUGCAGCCGCGUGCAGAAGAGCCUGCACUUGUGCCUGUGAAUUCCAAGCCUGGGUGGUCACGUGUCCACAGUUCGUACACCUCCGAGUGCCAACGCAGUGUUAGCCCCAGAGUCCUUUG